AGCAGUACAGUCUCUUCCGCUGUAAACAGGAAGUGCGGUGCUGGUGCCCGGAGUGCUGUGCAGUUGGUGCCCGGCCGGAAUGGACAUUCUGAAGGCUGAGAUAGCGCGGAAGAGGAAGCAGCUGGAGGAGAAGGAGCUGGUCGGGGAAAGUAAGAAGUAUUUCAAGCGCAGUGAACUUGCUGAAAAAGAAAGGGAGGCUUACUUUGAGAGAUGUGGCUUCCAGCCUUUAAGUGAGAAGCCAACACAAAAGGUUCAAAAUACAGAUGAAGAAGAAAAGCCGUCAACGUCGAACAAUCCUGUACUGGACUUAGAGCUGGCAGAAGAGAAAUUGCCUAUGACUCUGUCUAGGCAGGAGGUCAUACGGAGAUUGCGAGAGAGAGGUGAACCCAUCAGACUGUUUGGGGAAACAGAUUACGACUCAUUUCAGCGCUUACGAAAGAUAGAAAUUCUUGCUCCAGAAGUGAAUAAGGGAUUAAGGAAUGACCUGAAAGUUGCUUUGGAUAAGAUUGACCAGCAGUAUUUUAAUGACUUGGUGGCUGGUCAAGAACAAACAGAAGAUGAUACUACACAGAAUGACCUAAAAGUUCAUGAGGAAAACACCACAAUAGAGGAACUAGAGGUUUUGGGAGAGUGUCUGGGACAAGGCGAUGACAACAGAGACAUGGAUGUCAUUAAUAAAGUUCUUAAGUUUCUCUUAGGAGUCUGGGCCAAAGAUCUGAAUGCACGAGAAGAUUAUGUUAAGCGGAGUGUGCACGGUAAACUUGCAAGUGCCACACAGAAGCAGACUGAGUCCUAUUUAAAACCACUCUUCAGAAAAUUGCGUAAAAAGAACCUUCCUGCCGACAUUAAAGAGUCAAUCACGGAUAUUAUCAAAUUUAUGCUGCAAAGAGAAUAUGUGAAGGCCAAUGAUCAUUAUCUCCAGAUGGCAAUUGGGAAUGCUCCAUGGCCCAUUGGUGUGACUAUGGUUGGUAUUCAUGCCCGUACAGGCCGUGAAAAGAUUUUCUCCAAGCAUGUGGCACAUGUGCUGAAUGAUGAAACGCAGAGGAAAUACAUACAGGGGUUGAAGAGACUAAUGACCGUUUGUCAGAAACAUUUUUCAACGGACCCGUCAAAGUGUGUAGAAUACAAUGCAUUGUGAAUGUGUCUAUGAAGCUUGUAUUCACAACUACAGUUAUCGCCUAUUUUUUCUAUUGGAAAGAUUUGUUAAAUUAUUAAAAUUAUUAUACAUUUUAAUGAAAGAAAAUGGACUUUUAUGAAUGGUAAAAUGUCUUUAAUUUUAAAUGUGUUUUCCGAUGGUGGUGGGGUAAAUAGUACUUUUGUGUGUUAUAAAGAAGCUUCCAAGUCAGGCCCUCUUAAAUGUUACCAAGAUAUGGACCCGAGUAACAGAAUUUGCACCUACAAUACAUGAGGUUGCUUCUUCAAAUUCUCUCUUCUGUAAAGUACUCCUAGGCAAGCUACUCGUAACUCUUGUGGUUGUAUGAGGGCCAGUGGUUCGUACAUUACGUUCCUGUCCCUUUCCUUUGCUGCUAAUGGAGGAAAAUUUAGACUGAACUCUUCAGGUGGGAAAUUUCACUUGAAUCUAGUUAAAAGUUGGUAUAUGUAUUCACUUGGGAAAGGGGGAAGUUGUUGCAUAAUCUCCUCAGGAUCCAAUUCCACAGAUCUUCAUAUAAACAGGAAGUUAUCUUCUGUAACUCAAGAAUCUUACUGUCAUUACAUUUUUUUUCUUUUUAAGAAAAAUCAUGAUUUUGCUGUCAAAGUAAACCAACAGAUAGUUGGCAUAGAGCUAUACAAAUGCGUCUAUCCCUGCACCAGAUUUAUCGUUCAGCCUGAGCCACUGUGAUAAAUCUGUUGAAGGUCUAGAUGCCAUCUAUGAGUUUAGUAAAUCUGCCCAAAUAUAUUUUUGGAUG